UAGUUAUUUCGUUUUCUUGUUUUUUUUUCUGCAAUAUUGUGGUGGUAAAACAUUUCCUUUCGUUACUUGUUUCAUGCAUAUGUCGGCGUGUGCAGCGUAUUUCAAUAGCAGUAUUUCAGUAGCAGUUUAUUUUGCACCUUCCUGAUUGUAAUUUUCAGUGCUUUCUGAUUUCUGAUCAGUACAAUCUAACAAUAAUGCCAGCCACUGAGGAAGUUGCUGCUGCCCCUAGCGCUGCCACUGGUGAUAACCUGGCUCUCGUGUUAUCAUCUAACACUAGCGCAUCAGUAACAGCACCAACUGGAAAGACUGGAAAAAAAAGGAGCAAUAUGAUGGCAAGGAUGAAUGUCAGUAUUCCAACAUCUAAAGUUCUGAAAUCGCAAGCAAAGUCGCAACAUAGCCAUCCACCCUAUGGUAACAUGAUCAAAGCGGCGUUAUUGGCUACACAGGAUAAGAAGGGUUCAAGCCGUGCGGCAAUCCUGAAAUACAUCAUGCAGAAUUUUGCGGUCGGCGAAAAUCCUACCAUGGUUAAUGCACACCUUAGAAUGGGACUAAAGCGCGGUGUCGCAUCAGGUGUUCUGAAACAAAUGAAAGGCACCGGUGCUUCUGGGUCAUUCCGUUUAGUUGAUGCAAAAUCGGAACCGCCUAAAAAAGUCAAGAAGCCAGCAAUUGCAAAGUCUGCCACGGCUGGUGAUAUGAAAUUGCUGUCACCAAAAAAGUCCAUGAAGAAAAAAUCUGCCACAAAAAAGGUAACUGCGCCAAAGGUUUCAAAACCGAAAGCUGUAUCGACAAAGAAGGCAAGUGCUGCUUCUGCAGGAGGAACUCGGAAAAAGAAGUCUGUUGGUAGACCGAAAAAGGCAAAACCUUCGGCAGUUAAAUCGAAAACAACAAAGAAGACGGCAACACAUGCAAGGAGCAAGAAGGCUGCGGCUUAAGAUCAAUAUUUACCUCAUACUCGAUCUCAUCGAUUUUUUACAUUUAUACAGCGAUUUGUAUAAGAUUCAUUGUAAAAGUUUGCAAAAUCCUUUCAGAGCAUGUAUUGUCGAUUGACAUAGCCCCAGCUCAUAUGAUUUUCAUCUGCUGUAUGAUGUACAUGAGCUUCUCAACUAACUUAUUAGUAAAAUCU